AUGUUCUAUUUGCUUUUAAUAAUUAAAGUACAAAUGUUUCAAGGAAUCAACAAUUUUGUGAAUUCUUUUGCUACUCCAAAAGUAUAGGAUUUCUAUUCGAAAGGAUGGCUAACACCAGAAUAGUUUGUCGAGGCUGGAGAUCAAUUAACUAUGACUGGAUGGCAAUGGAAGAAAGCUCAAGUAAAAAAAGGUGUAGAUCCUCCCCAUCCAGAAAAGAUGUAUCUCAUAGCCAAUGCGACAUCUUAAACACGUAUCAAAGAGUUUUUGUCCUUUGAUUUCUAAAACAACCAAGGACAAGACGGUUUUCUGUGUGUGGAUAUGAGUAAAAAGCAAUAGUAAGCUUUGAAUGAACAAGAGACUCGAGUCUAUACAAUCUCUAUCACAUAUGACCGUAAAUAUCAUUGUCCAAGAUUAUGGCUGUAAGGAGUGGCAUUAAACUCUGGGUUACCUUUAAAACAUUAAGAAAUUUACGAAGACAUCAUGAGCGUCUAUUAGAAUGAAACAGUAACAGUAGAGGAACAUCCCUAUCUUCAUUAUUAAUAAGUAACAAUACAUCCAUGCAAUCAUUCAACAACAAUGAAGGCUUUCCUAGACAAAGCAAAAUAAAAUGGAGCAGAGAUUAAGCCAAUGCAGGCAUUGUUCAUCUUCUUGAAAUUUAUGCAAUCAGUAAUGCCCACAGUAGUAUAUGACACAACAAUUGAUAUAUGUUUAGGUGUUGAUUGA